AUAGCGAUGCUAGAACAGAACGCACCAGAAAGUGAUCAGAUAAACAUUAAAUGUGAUUUGUUCAGUUGAGUGCAAAUAAGAAGGUAAAUGAGAGCAUAAUGAUUACAAGUGUAGUUGCAUUAAUUUUUAUUUGUGUCUGCAAUGCAGCUCAAUUUCCUGAGAACUUAGAAAAAUGUCGUUAUGGUGAUUCAAAUUGCCUGACUCAAGUGACUCAGAGCAUAAUUAAGGAUCACUACAAUGGAUUACCUGAACUUAAUCUCGUUCAACUCGAUCCUGUUACCAUAAAGACGAUUGCAAUUGAAAAUUCUGGAAAUAGAGCCGUCAAUAUACGACUAGUUUUCCACAAUGUAACACUCCAUGGACUGAAAGACAUCACAAUUACGCGAAUAACAGGUUUCCCUGAGGAUUUCGAUGGAGCAAAGAAUGAAAUUGAAUUUUCUGCACCAGUUUUUCAACUUAUUGGACAAUACAGGAUAAAUGGGAGAGUCCUUAUUCUUCCUAUCCAAGGAAAUGGACAAAGUAACUCAACUUUAGAAAACGUCAAGAUUCGUCUGAGAUUUACAGGAAGAAAGAUGAGCAAGGAUGGUCAGGAUUACCUCCAAACCAACAAUACUAAAAUCACAAUGACUUCAACGAAACUCUGGAUGAACUUUGAGAAUCUCUUCAAUGGCGACAAAGUUUUGGGGGAUACCACGAAUGCAUUUCUCAAUGAAAAUUGGAUGGAUAUCUUCAAUGAACUAAAGCCAAACAUUUCUAAAUCCUAUGCUGCAGCUAUUCAGACAAUUAUUAACAAAGUUUUUGCAAAAUUCCCAUACAAGGAAUAUUUCUUAGAAUGAUCCUUUUGUUGGAAGGGCAAAUGAUCGUGAGAAUUUUUCAAGAUCAUUAAUUUUGUUGUUAGAGUGUAUUCAAACAUAAAAAUAUGUAGGUAAAUUAUGCGAUUUACUUUAACCUUUUAAUUUUUUGUAUUGAAGAAGUUUAAAAAUUGCUAAUAAAUUAUAAUUAAAAC